UACACACAUACAGACAAUUCCUCUCUCACAUCCCACCAAGUGCCCUCAUUUCAAGUUUCACCUCGCCACUUUCCGCUUGAGCCACCAGUCUAUACUUUCCGGCGUGAAUUACAGUGCCUUCACCACCUCUAGCUCAACACUAUACCGGACCUCUUCUCCUCUAUUACGGACAGCUGCUCAAAUGCCACAUAGCUCUCUUUCUCCUUCAAUAAAACCUAGUUCUUAGCUCCUUCUCAUAGACCUACACAGUAAAAACAUCAGCUCUUGUUGACUUCCAGACCCAUCGAUCCUAACAAUCUCCUUGUUACUAUCAACAUCAACACAUGACACCAACAUUCUCACCCCUCCAUCAACGCUAACCCACGAAACCCAGCUUCCCUUUGCCCAACAACAACAAUCUCCUCGUUAUCAAUCUCUUUUUUUUUUUUUGGUCAAGAUGUGCUGAUAAUGCUGCUGCAAAUGGAGGUGUUGUGUUUGGUUAUGUGGGGUUUGAGGGUUUUGUUGGUUAUGCAAGUUGUCAGCUGUAAUUGCUGCAAUUGCUGGGUAUUUAUUUGAAUUUCUAGAGUAUUUUGAAGUUUAAGAAGAAAAAGGGGGAUUAGGGAUUUGGGAAGCAAUUGAGAGAAGUACAGAAAGAGGGAAAUAGGGAAGAGAGCGAGCAACGAGAGAUUGAACGAAUUACAAGAGAAAAUAAGGAUAUUUUGAGGCUCCCAUAAGGGUAUGACUCGCUAAGGGCUAAAGAGUUUAAUUUGACAAAAUAGGGAUGUUUUAAUUAAAUUUAAAAAAAUAAAAAUAACUAAUUAAUUUAUAUUUAUUAGAUAAAAAAUUAAAUAUUUUUAUUAAUUAAUAAUUAUAUUUAAGCAUUUUAAUUUUAAAUUACAUAUCUGUUAAAGAUUAGCUCUGGCUUCGUAGUUGCUGCGACCUACCCUUAGCUGGUUACCACUUUCCCGAUUCGAGAAAGGCCUCCGGCAACUGAAAUAUUCGCCAGAAAAUCGCAGGCGGGAAGUAGAUGCAAGAAUCGACUCUGUUCCCAUUCUUUCAAGCCUGUCCAGCCAGCAUCUGCCCCUAGUUCCCUCAAACCCAACGACGAAUGCGGACCGGUAUUUUCACCGGAAACCAAGCGAAUACAUGUAGAUGAAGAUGGGUCCUGCUCCUAAACAACCUUCAUUUUGUCUGAAAUGGCCAUGGGAUGUUGAACAACAUCCUAAAAAUCCUAAUGUAUGCACCUUUGAGGUUCCUUGGCUAUUCAAAUCUUUUCAUACUCUUGGGUCCAUUGCUUUCAAUUCACUGAACUCAAUUGCCAAAUCUUCAAAUUCUUGGUUACAUACCUUUAAUGCUGUCAAAUUGGAUGCUGGAACAAGCCAAAAUAACAGUUUGAAGUUGCAAAGAAAGCACUUAACUCUUGAAGAGCAAGGAGAGGCAGAGCAAAGAGCAUUUGCUUCCGCACUAGCAACUGGGAAAGAGGCUACUGUGCUGGAGUUCUACUCACCUAAAUGUAGGUUGUGCAAUUCUUUGCUUAAUUUUGUCCUGGAGGUCGAGAGCAGGAAUUCAAGUUGGCUUAAUGUUGUAAUGGCAGAUGCAGAGAAUGAGAAAUGGCUGCCUGAGCUGCUCCAUUAUGACAUAAGAUAUGUUCCUUGCUUUGUACUGUUGGACAAAAAUGGGAGAGCAUUGGCAAAGACGGGUGUUCCAAGUAGUCGACUACAUGUCAUUGCAGGUCUGUCGCAUCUUCUGAAAUUAAAGCGUCCUCAGAGUAAUAAUACAAUAACUAAGUCUUAAUCCCAAACUAGUAGUGGUCAGUUAUAUAGAUCAUUUUUUCGGCAUUCGCCCUCAGGACUAAAUUGUAUUUUGAUCAUCAUAAAUUACCAUCAUUGUAUAAUAGUCUUUAUCAAGUCAUCUAGGAGCGAGUUUUCCUUUUUCACCUUUUGGUUUAUGAUAUUUUGGUCUUCAAAAUACUUUUAUUAUUUGCAUCA